UGACUAGGGAUCCGGAGACUGCCCCGAAGGGAACGUAAGCUGCAUUCCCGGAGGGGCGGGCGGUACGGGAGCCGCUUCCGGGUGAGCCGCCCCGCCCCCACGUGGGCUUGCGCUUAUAGAGCGGGAGAGCGCGGUGUCCAGAGCGCGGCUCGGAGCAGCGGUGAGCAGCGUCCUUGAUAGAGCUGAGGCUGCAGCAGACACCCAGGAGCUGCCACUCCAUCCAGCAGACUUCUUUGUGUCCCACUGCCCCGACCAUGCACCACCAGUCCGUUCUGCACAGCGGCUACUUUCACCCACUGCUUCGGAGCUGGCAGAGCACUACCUCCACCGUCAGUGCCUCCAACCUCAUCUAUCCCAUCUUUGUCACGGAUAUUCCUGAUGAUGUCCAGCCUAUCGCCAGCCUCCCAGGAGUGGCCAGGUAUGGUGUAAACCAGCUAGAAGAGAUGCUGAGACCUCUGGUGGAAGCUGGCCUGCGCUGUGUCCUGAUCUUUGGCGUCCCCAGCAGAGUUCCCAAGGAUGAACAGGGCUCUGCAGCUGACUCUGAGGACUCCCCAACUAUUGAGGCUGUCCGUCUGCUGAGGAAGACCUUCCCUACCCUCCUAGUGGCCUGUGACGUCUGCUUGUGCCCCUACACCUCCCAUGGCCACUGUGGCCUACUGAGUGAAAAUGGAGCAUUCCUAGCAGAGGAGAGCCGACAGCGGUUGGCAGAGGUGGCACUGGCCUAUGCCAAGGCAGGCUGUCAGGUUGUAGCUCCGUCAGACAUGAUGGACGGACGAGUUGAGGCCAUCAAGGCUGCCCUGCUAAAACAUGGACUUGGCAACAGGGUCUGUGUGAUGAGCUAUAGUGCCAAAUUUGCCUCCUGUUUCUACGGUCCUUUCCGGGAUGCAGCUCAGUCAAGCCCAGCUUUUGGAGAUCGACGCUGUUAUCAGCUGCCUCCUGGUGCCCGUGGCCUGGCCCUCCGAGCAGUGGCCCGAGACAUUCAAGAAGGAGCUGACGUGCUCAUGGUGAAGCCAGGAUUGCCCUACCUGGAUGUGGUGCAAGAGGUGAAGGACAAGCACCCGGAGUUCCCCCUCGCAGUAUACCAGGUGUCUGGAGAGUUUGCCAUGUUGUGGCACGGAGCCCAGGCCGGGGCCUUUGAUCUCAGGACUGCUGUAAUGGAGACCAUGACGGCCUUCCGCAGAGCCGGUGCCGACAUUAUCAUCACCUACUAUGCACCGCAGCUGUUGAAGUGGCUGAAGGAAGAAUGAAGGAAGUGUCGGAUUUGAUCUUGACCAAGCGCCCUGGGCCUUACAGAAGGGGGAAAGUAAAUGUGCUGUUAGAACUGUG